UGAAAAAUGUUUUGUAACCUUGAUGUUGUUUGUUUUAACGUCUUGUUUUGAUAAUAUUCAGAGCAGUUUUAUCCAUAUUUAAAGUGUGACUUGACUGGACAGCUCACUGCAAAAACUCAGUGAAUGAUGGCAGGGAAGAUGCGAGUGUUGAUUGGUGGUGGUACAGGUUUUGUUGGACGUCACCUUCGAGCAUGGUUGGGAGAAAAUGGUUACCAGGUGACAUGCAUAUCAAGGAAUGAUGGACCUGGAUGUAUCUCUUGGACUGAGUUAGUGAGAAAAGGUCUCCCAGAAUGUGUAGCUGUUGUUAAUGUGGCAGGAAGAAACCUUCUGGAGCCAUUCAAAAGCUUCACCCCCCUCUACAAAGAGGAGCUCUAUUCAAGCCGCAUAGACACCACCGAAAAUCUUGCUAAUCUAAUCCGUGAGGCGAAAGUCAAACCAAAAGUAUUUGUAUCAACAUCUGCUGUUGGUUACUACCCACCAAGCUCGACGGCAGAAUAUGAUGAGGACAGCCCCGGUGGAAACUUUGACUUCCUGUCUGGUUUGUGUGCUGAUUGGGAAGCUGCUGGUCAAUUAGAGCCCGAGCUCAAUGUUCGACAGGCCACAGUCCGACUCGGAGUGGUCCUGGGAAGGGACGGUGGAGCCAUACAGAACAUGUACAUCCCAUUCUUUCUCGGAGUUGGUGGUAGAAUCGGCAGUGGUAAACAGUGGUUGCCAUGGAUACAUGUCGGAGAUGCUGCCGGCAUUUAUGCCCAUGCGAUAGAGAAUGACCACGUUUCUGGCAUCCUGAAUGGAACAUCGCCCAAUCCUGUCACAAAUUCAGAAUUUACCGUGGCAUUUGCCAAGGCAAUGUGGCGACCUGCUUUCUUUCCUUUACCGGAAUUUGUUGUGAAUGCAGUGUAUGGACCUGAAAGGGGAAAGGUUCUGCUGCAAGGACAGAAAGUCAUGCCCAAACGGACUCUGGAAUCUGGAUACAAGUUCAUUUUCCCAGAAAUUGAUGCGGCGUGUAAAGAGUGUAGUGUUUUCAUCCCUGAUAUCAAACGCCUCCAAUAGAAUUUGGUUGGUCUCUCACCCAAGGACUUGAAGUUUGUCAUCACCUGGGUGGCUAUUUUGUACAUGUCAUAUCCAACGAUAUUAUUACAGUCUCUGCUAUGUCCAUAAACAAUUGUAUUGUUCUGAAGCUGCCGAUUCACCACGGCAAGGAAUCCUACAAACGUUACAAAAAUGAGGCGAAUCUCUCAAUUAGAACUUUCAUGAAAAUGUUAUCAGUGUUUGUUCGUAGAAUUUGUACUUGUGUUAAACUAAUUGCAAUCAAUAACAACAAAAAAAGAUA